GAAAGCCUGCUCAUAUUGGAUGCUGAGUGUCAUGAGCGAGAAGUGAUUUCUUCCUUUUACACGCUUGCUUGAAAAAUCGUUUUAUUUUUCAACUAUUUAUCAUCAAAAUGGCCAUUGGCAAGAAUAAGCGUCUGUCCAAGGGAAAGAAGGGUCUUAAGAAGAAGAUCAUUGACCCCUACUCCCGUAAGGAGUGGUAUGAUCUCCGUGCCCCUACCAUCUUCGAGACCCGCGUCAUCGGUAAGACCCUUGUUAACCGCAGCCAGGGUACCAAGAACGCUGUUGACUACCUUAAGAGCCGCGUUGUCGAGGCCUCCCUCGGUGACCUCAACAAGGACGAGGAGCAGUCCUACCGCAAGUUCAAGCUGCGCGUCGAUGACGUUGUUGGCAAGAACUGCCUGACCAGCUUCCACAGCAUGAGCAUUACCACCGACAAGCUGCGCUCGCUCGUCAAGAAGUGGCAGUCGCUCAUUGAGGCCCACGUUGACGUCAAGACCACCGACGGCUACGUCAUCCGCCUGUUCGCUGUUGGUUUUACCAAGCGUCGUUCCAGCCAGGUCAAGAAGACCACCUACGCCCAGACCUCCCAGAUCCGUGACAUCCGCAAGAAGAUGUUCGAGAUCAUGACCCGCGAGGCCACCGCCGGCACCAUGAAGGAGCUUAUCCAGAAGUUCAUUCCCGAGUCCAUUGGCCGCGAGAUUGAGAAGGCUUGCCAGACCAUCUACCCCCUGCAGAACGUGUUCAUCAGCAAGUGCAAGGUUAUCAAGUUCCCCAAGGUUGAUACCCAGAAGCUGUACGAGAGCCACGGCAGCCUCGAGGACACCGGUAGCAAGAUCAAGGGUGACUUCAAGGAGCCCGAGAUCCAGGCCGAGGUCUAAAUUUUUUAUAUUUAGCAAUUUUCGCGUUUUAAUUCGAACGUUGUCUGUCUUUUGGAGU